GCUAAACCAGCCGCACUUUGACGCUUCCAUUUCUAUACGUUGAUAGAUUCAUUCCAUGCCAAUUUCAGUCCAACUGUCACGACUCUCGUUUUUCAUUCCCCUGCAAUGCAACUUCCUUUCCUUUCCCUCCAAACCCUGACUUUUCUUUCGUUUCAUUUCCUUCCUCUCUAAGCAACUCUUCUUUCACAUGCCUUCCCAUUCUCUUCUCAACAUUCACAUCAAUUACUCUCCGUCCUAGCUCAGCCUCAGCCUGCCCCCUCCAAUGCAUACACUCACUACCAACGCCGAUGCCAACAUCCCUGCACUAGCACCCCUUCAGCCCCUUCUUGACCUUAUCACGAACCUCGUCUCUCUCCUCCUCCUGUCGUCUCUCAGCGUUCGGUCGUUCGUCGGACGGUGGCAGGUUCUCCGUGCCAAACUAAUUUCUCUUCAGUCUUCUCUCUCCUCAAUCUCCGACUCCCCUCACUGGAGUGAGAAUCCGCUGCUUCAUACUCUCCUCCCUUCACUUCUCUCAACUCUACAACGCCUCAAAGCCCUCUCCGACCAAUGUACCCUCACUUCCUUCACCGGCGGGAAGCUCUUAAUGCAGAGCGACCUCGACAUCGCUUAUACUUCACUCUCUAACCAUCUUCAGGAUAUUGAUUUGUUGCUCAGAUCUGGAGUCCUCUACCAAUCACAUGCUAUUGUUCUCUCGCAGCCAGGUCCUGCCUCUGAUAAGGAAGAUUUAGUACUGUUUAUUAAAGAUCUUUUCACAAGAUUGCAAAUCGGUGGUGUCGAGUUCAAAAAGAAAUCUCUAGAAUCACUGUUGCAGUUGCUAAUUGAUGAUGAGAAAUCGGCUUGUUUGGUUGCUAAAGAAGGGAACAUCGGGUACCUGAUUAGUUUACUUGAUUUUCACCAUCAGGGAUUGAUUCGAGAACAAGCGGUGUUGGCUAUAUCAAUUGUGGUUUCAGCGAGUUAUGAGUCAAGAAAAACUGUGUUUGAAGAAGGAGGACUCGGUCCUUUGUUAAGAGUUCUUGAAACAGGGUCUAUGGUAUUGAGAGAAAAAGCUGCGAUUGCUAUUGAUGCUAUAACCAUCGAUCCUGAAAACGCAUGGGCUGUUUCAGCAUACGGCGGUGUGUCGGUGUUAAUUGAAUCGUGCCGAUCUGGAUCGGUUGCGACUCGGACACAUGCUUCGGGUGCGAUUAGGAAUAUUGCAGAUGUGGAAGAUAUUCAAAUCGCUUUAGCUGAAGAAGGAGCUGUACCGGUACUGGUGGAAUUACUGGUUUCAGAUUCUAUCAUUGCAAAAGAAAAUGCAGCUCAUUGUAUAGCCACACUAGCUUCUUCAGGAGAGUACUUCCGCGUUUUGAUCAUUCAAGAACGAGGGUUACAAAGACUAAUGCAUUUGAUUCAAGAUUCUUCAUCAAGUUCAGCCACAGUAGAAAACUCUUUGCGUGCAAUCAGUUCACUUUCUUUAUCAGAUUCCGCUGCAAGAAUCUUAUCAUCUUCAACCUCAUUUGUAAUCCAACUGGGGGAAUUUGUCAAGAAAGGGAACAUGUUAUUACGGCAAAUUUCUUCAUCAAUGAUCGGUAACUUAUGUAUCAGUGAUGAUAACAAGCGAGCCAUCGCAAACUGUAUGGGGUCUUUGGUCAAACUAAUGGAGUGUCCGAAGCCGGUGGGGUUACAAGAGGCCGCAACGCAAGCAAUCGUGUCACUAUUGACCGUGAGGUCGAACCGGAAAGAGCUGGUGAGGGAUGAGAAAAGCGUGAUGAGAUUGGUGCAGAUGUUGGAUCCCAAAUACGAGGCUGUCGAUAAAACGUUUCCAGUGAUGGCGGUUGCGGCGGUGUUGAGUGGAGGAAGUAACCGGUGCAGAAAGAGAUUGGUGGCUGCUGGGGCUUAUCAGCACUUGCAGAAAUUGACAGAGAUGGAGAUCACCGGAGCCAAGAAGGUUUUGCAUAGACUUGCCGGGAACCGUCUCAAGAGUAUUUUCAGCCGGCCUUGGAGGGAAUAACUGAAAGAGAAAAAAAAAAAAAUAACCACGACAAGCCAGGACUGAAGAGGAGCCCGUUCCUAUUUUUACCAGCUGGGCAAGCGACAACCAGGCACAGAGACCUCGUAUACGUAACCUCUUCUUUUCUCACUUUAUUAUAAUUUAUAAAGUGAUUUAUACAGUUACUUAUAUUAAUUAAUUCGACAAAAAAGCAUGGAUGCGGUUUUUCGGGAGUGUCCUCGUUUUGCUUUUUUUACUGGGAAAUUGAUUCGGUCAUGUAAGCGCCGGUGAUUUAUUUUUCUUUUUAUAAUUUGAUGAAUCUUGUUUGAUAAUGUACAUGGUUACUGGCAACUGUUACUGCAUUUGUUUUUACCUGAAAUAGUAUGGAAGAUGAUGUUUUUUAUCAGAA